GGGACAGCCUGGUCCUACGUUAGGUCUUCAGGGGAGCCUGGAGGGGGUUCCGUAGAGGGAGGACAAAGCCUCAGUGAGCAAAGAACCUGGAGGAACUCUUAUCAUAGCUCAGCUUCAAUAUAUCAGGGUCAUCAAUAGAUUAGAAAGCUAAGUAACUUUCUACCUCUUUCCUACCUUUCCCUCUCGUUACUACUACUACUACUACUACUACUACUACUACUACUACUACUACUACUACUACUACUACUACUACUUCUACUUCUACUUCUACUUCUACUUCUACUUCUACUACUAUGAUUUAAUAAAAUUAUAAAGAUACUAGCAGUCUCAUAAUUUAAUUUUAAUUAUUACAGGGUUCUCCCUAUAGGAUAUGUGGCCUUGAGUGUUCUUAUCUAAUGAGACCAUAUUUAUUUAGACUUUUCUAAAAGUCUAAAUAAAUAUGUCUCUGUCUCUCUGUCUCUGUCUCUCUCUCUCUCCCCCCCUCCCCCUCUCUCCCCUCUCUUGUUACCACCUGUUGUGGCACUUUUCCCAGCCCUUCCCAAUUACUGGUCGGCCAUAUUGGUACUGUUGCUCACAUGGACACCCUUGACCACUUUCUCUCCUUGGGUGGCUUUGUGUCCACCUGCCCCUUUUCAGCCUACUCUGCUGGACCAUCUUCCCCUCCUGCCCCUUCAGUAGCUGGGACCUGGCAUCUCCUUCCUCCAUCUUUUCAGUCCCUAGGGGUAAAUCUCAGUCUGUCUUCAUACUGUCAAGGCUGAUGGUUCCACCUUUUGCUCUGCUCAGCUCCAUCCUGUGCCACUCCAUGGAGCACUGAUUCUGGAGGUGGAAGUUCUGGGUUCACAUCCUGGGACUCAGUUUCCUGAUGUGUAAAAUCAGGGUCUUCCACUGGACACCUCAGAGGACCCCUUUCCCUCUCAAUCUCAGAAUUUCUUCAUAAAAUCCACUCCUAACUUCAGACAGUCAUGUGGGCAGCUUUGGAAUGCUGGGCAGUGCCUCCGUCUCUUUUCUCUUAACCUCCAUGCACUGGGCAGGUCUUACCUUCUGUGUCCACCAUCGGUCUCCUUUCUGUCCCCUCCUUUCCCCACACACCCGACCCCUCACUCCUGUGCUUCAGGACCCUCGUGGGCCUCCUUUUCCCAAGACUUUACCACCUCUGAGGCACACAACCAGCCAAGGGCUUUAUGGCACUCUUCCACUCCAGAAAGUCCACUGAUUCCCUGCUCCCUCCAGGAAGCAAAAAUCAGCUCAAGUGUUAGCAGCUAAAGCCCAUCCCAGCUGGACUCAAACCUCCCUUCUUCCACCUUUUCCCUUCUUCCUCUCCAGAUACAGGAUGACCAGUCUUUGCACUUCAGCUCCUGCAGUCUCUGUGCAUUUGCCCUGGCUGUGCCCCGUGUAUGGCAUGCCCUCUCUGUCCUGCUGCCUCCAGGAUCCUUAGAGUCUUUCACUGCUCAGCAAAAGUGUUCCCUCCCUACUGUUGCCUUAAAUCUGUUUGGCACAGACCUUUGGCACAUCUUGUCUCCCUCCUGGCCCCUGAGCUCUUUCCUUGUCUUUUGUGUUUGCUCUCCCUGUGCCCAGCACGGGGUCUGGCGUGGAGUAGGUGACCAAGAAAUGCUUUUUGGUUCAUGGAUUAAUUGUUGGUGGGUUUCAUAUGAGUUAGUCCAUAUUUGUGAUAUGGAAAUCAUAUUAAAAGACAUAUAUAUUAAAUUAAGGUCGCCAAGGAAUUCAGCUAUGUAAUUCCUAAAUGAAAACUUAAGUCAGCAGUCAAUCUUUUAUGGAGUUUUUAAUUACAAACAGGAGGGAAAAAGGUAUUGGAGAGAGAGAGAGGGAAAAGGGAGAGAAGGUAAUAGGGCUUAAAUGCCCACUCUGCUUUAGGCUGGGCCAAAAGCCCAAGGCCUUGGAAUGUCCAAGGCAAAGAAAAGAGAUCAGUCCCUAUCACUCACAUGACCAAAAUGGAGAAACAGUCUCAAGGUUCCUUCCUCCAAGCACCAGGUUCCAACCACCACCUCUCUUCUUCACACAGGAAGAAAAGAACCAGAACCCCUGGGCUGUCCUCUACCUCACUUCCUGUGUCCCCCUGUGCCAAUGGUGGCUCUAGCUUAAACCAGGACCGCCCAGAGUUUCUCUCUCCAGACUCUUUUGCGGCAGAGAAGUGGCUGGCGGCAGCCUGCUGAGCGGCAUCUUGCUGAGCAGUUUGGCAUCUUGGAGUGGCAGCAGCUAUUGUCCGGUUUAGUGGCCUCAGCUUUAGUGCAAGGAGAAGGUGGUGCAGGAUUUCCCCCCCAAGGAAGGGAGUACAACGCAGGAGAGUAUCCCUGCUCUGCAACCUUUCAUCCAGCUCCAGGGCUGUAGUGAAGCAAGUCCUUCUCCCAGCUGGGCAGAAAGGACAUGAAUGAAGUCAGAGUAAUGAGAAAACAAAAAGGAUGGGCAAGCAUGGGAGAUGUGGUCCUGACCCGUCAGGAGAAGGAUAUAGCUCUUCCCCAAGUCAGCAACAUAGAGGAGAAAGAAGGAGGGACUUCUGGAGUCCUGGAUGCCAAGUUUCAGGAAUCUUUGACAUUCAAGGAUGUAGCUGUGGAGUUCACCUGGGAAGAGUGGAGACACCUGGAUCCUGCACAGAGGGCCCUGCACACGAAUGUGAUGUUGGAGAACUAUGAGAACCUGGUCUCCAUAGGGAUUCCCGUUUCCAAACUAGAUUUGUUCUUCCUGUUGAAGAGAGAAGAUGUACAGAAUGAAGAGGGAGAAGCUGGAACAGGCACUUGUAUAGAAGGAAAGAUCAGACUUGAAAUGAAAGAGAUGACUGCAGAGCUAAGGCUUUCUGGGGAAGAAACUCAGAGGCAAAGAUGCAUUGGUGAUGGUGCCUGUGAUUCCACUUGGAAAGAAAACUUUUAUGUACAUCAGAAAAUCGACACUGGAGGGAAACCUUACGAAUGUAAUCAGUGUGGAAAGACUUUUGCAUGCAAGUCUCAUCUUAUUGCACAUCAGAGAAUCCACACUGGACAGAAACCUUUUGAUUGUAGUCAGUGUGGAAAGGCUUUUUCACAGAAGUCUACUCUUACUGUACAUCAGAGAAUCCACACUGGAGAGACUCCUUAUAUAUGUAAUCAGUGUGGAAAGGCAUUCAGAUCUAGAAAUAGUUUGGUUACACAUCAGAGAAUCUGCAAUGGAGAGAAACCUUUUAAAUGUAAUCAGUGUGGAAAGACUUUUAUACGAAGGACCAAAUUUACUGUACAUCAGAGAAUCCACACUGGAGAGAAACCUUUUGAAUGUAAUCAAUGUGGAAAGGCUUUCAGAAGUAGGGACGUUCUCAUACUACAUCAGAGAAUCCAUACUGGACAGAAACCUUUUGAUUGUAAUCAGUGUGGAAAGGCUUUUUCACAGAAGUCUGGUCUUACUGAACAUCAGAGAAUCCACACUGGAGAGAAACCUUAUGAAUGUAAUCAGUGUGGAAAGGCAUUCAGAUAUAGAAAUAAUUUGGUUACACAUCAGAGAUUAUGCAAUGGAGAGAAACCUUUUAAAUGUAAUCAGUGUGGAAAGGCAUUCAGAUCUAGAAAUAGUAUGGUUAAACAUCAGAGAAUCCAUACUGGACAGAAACCUUUUAAAUGUAAUCAGUGUGGAAAGGCUUUUAUACACAAGUCUACUCUUACCGUACAUCAGAGAAUCCACACUGGAGAGAAACCUUUUGAAUGUAAUCAGUGUGGAAAGGCUUUCAGAGGUAGGGACGUUCUCAUACUACAUCAGAGAAUCCAUACUGGACAGAAACCUUUUGAUUGUAAUCAGUGUGGAAAGGCUUUUUCACAGAAGUCUGGUCUUACUGAACAUCAGAGAAUCCACACUGGAGAGAAACCUUAUGAAUGUAAUCAGUGUGGAAAGGCUUUUAUACAGAGGAACAGGCUUAUUGUACAUCAGAGAAUGCACACUGGAGAGAAACCUUUUGAAUGUAGUCUCUGUGGAAAAGCUUUUACAGAGAAAUCUGGUCUUACUGCACAUCAGAGAAUCCACACUGGAGAGAAACCUUAUGAGUGUAAUCAGUGUGGAAAAGCUUUUAUAUGGAGGAACAAGCUUACUAUACAUCAGAGAAUUCACACUGGAGAGAAGCCUUUUGAAUGUAAUCAGUGUGGAAAGGCUUUUAUACAAAAGACCAAACUUACUGUACAUCAGAGAAUCCACACUGGAGAGAAACCUUUUGAAUGUAAUCAAUGUGGAAAGGCUUUUUCACAGAAGUCUGGUCUUACUGUACAUCAGAGAAUCCACACUGGAGAGAAACCUUAUGAGUGUAAUCAGUGUGGAAAAGCUUUUAUAUGGAGGAACAAGCUUACUAUACAUCAGAGAAUCCACACUGGAGAGAAACCUUUUGAAUGUAAUCAGUGUGGAAAGGCUUUUACCCAGAAGGCUCGUCUUACUGUACAUCAGAAAAUCCACACUAGAGAGAAAUCUUAUACUGGCUUAGUAAAGUCCUCAGUCAAAAGUCAACCCGUAUUUUCUCUCAACCAAUGGCAAGUCAGUAAACAAUAGUCCUUGGCAGCAGCUGUGUGCACCCCAGCCAUACCUUUGGGAACUUUUGCUCUACUGAUGACCCUGGGGUCACCUGCUAACUAAAGGAAGAUUGCAGGACCCUCCACUGGCCCUGGACGUGGGGCCUCAGCACAUUGAUCAGACAUGGUCCCAGGCUGUGCCUAAUGGUGGAGGAGCGCACAAGUAAGAGCAAUGGUUUUGUCUUAUUUGGAAAUAAUCCAAUGCUAAGGUUUAUGUAAUUCAAUCUGAAUCCCUUUCCUUUUCCCGAUGGAAUCAUGAGUAUGAUUACUACUUCAAUUUAGGAAGAUGAGAAAUAGAGACUGCUUGGUGUCUCAUAGCAUGAGACUUCAGGGGCCUAGAAAGGAGCCUCCAUGAUCUUCAGUGUUAGGUCUAGUCACUUAAAGGUGAUUAGGUACAAGAAAAAGUGUAACAUACUGAAGCCAGAGCGUGCAUUGACUACUAGGAAAGACAUCCGAAUGCAGAAUGGCGAUUGAGAUUGGGCCAGGUGUCAGCCCUGGCCUAGUCUGUUAGUCAGUAAACGUUAAUGAAGCACCUACUAUGUUCUAGCCUCUGACGACAAAGGGAAACAAAAGACAGUCCCUGUUGUCAGAGCUCAGAAUCUAGUAUACAAACAUAGUGAUAGUUCAAGAAGAAGUAAAAGAUCAUGAACCUGACUGUUAAAUGAUCCAGGGAAAAGAAGGUGUUUUAUGAAUGGAAAUCCAUUUAGUUAAACAGGGAAAUAAGUGAAUAGAAAUAUGAGAACAAUUACAGUUUAAGAAGGGCAGAAUUGGGGAACAGAUAGUAAAAAUCAAAAUCAUAAGGAAAAAAGUAAUAUCUAGCAGUUAAAUAGCACCUACUCUGUGCAGUGCAUUUCAUCAAUAUUAGCUCUUUUGAUUCUCAUAAGAACCAUAAGGGUUAAGUGUAAUAAUUAUUCUCAUUUUACAAGUGAAGCAAAUGGAAUGAGCAGAGGACUUAUGACUUGCCUAGGGUCAUAGUACUAGCGGAUGUCUGGGAUUGGUAUGCUUCUAUCCAGUGUACCAAAAAAGUAAAAAUGCUCAUAUGAGUGAGGUUGAAAAUGAGAGAAGUUUACAAACUUUCUUGCUGAGGGAUGAAUAUGCUUUUUUUUUUGUUUGUUUUUAGCUCCUUAGCCAGUCAGCAAGAUGAAUGGCAAUUUACCGUUUAAAAUUCUUACUUUAUCCAUUGUGCCACUUAACUGCGCAAUUGGAAUUGGUUGAUACGAGCAGUAGCCAUUGUUUCAGUACCAUGAAUGUAGCUUAAGCAAACACUAUGGAAGCAUUUAGAGUUUGAUCAGACAUCAACGACUCCAAGAUAAUUCACCAUAUCUGGGGGCAUUGCAAGUCAUCUUGUCUUUUGCAACAUGAGCAAUAUGGAAAUCAGUUUUAGAUGACUGCACAUGUAUAACCUAUAUCAGAUUGCUUGCCUUCUCAAGGAGUCGGGUGAGAAAGUAGGAAUAGAGAGAAUUUGAAAUUCCAAAUUAAAAAAAAUGCUGGGUCACCAGAGUCAAGAUAGCAGACAGAAAUCAGGGAUUUACCUCAGGUUUCUCAAAUUCUCCUCGAUAUGACUUUAAUAUAAUGUCUCAAAAUAUUCUGGAACAGAAGAACUCCAAAAAGGAGGAGGUUAAAGAAUUUUUCUGCCUAGAGACUUUAGAAGGUCAGCAGGAAAGGUCACUCCCACCAUGGUGAAAGUGGAGCAAAGUCUAGCACAGGCUAACAGAAUAAUAGCAAGGCCAUGCCUUACUCUGUUAGCAGCAAAGCCAUGUGCCCUGACCCAUCAGCAGCAGGCCCUUAAGGGAACUGAACUGGCAGCAACAACUUGUGGAGCUCUUAGUCCACAGACAGUAAGGGCAGGGGGCAGUCAGACAACUUAACAGAAGAUCAGAGGUCCUUUUUGUAGCAUUGUGUGCAGGAGUCUGUUUUGUAGCUCAUAUGUGGAUUCUAGUUUCAGGCCUGGUGGCAGUCCCAAUGUAAGAACCUCCAUUAGUGACAAGCUCUAGAAGAAGUAGAAUUUGCACCCAUGAGGGAUUUGGGAUGUUGAUCACAGUUCCAAAAUGUAAAAUAAAAGGCUGGUUAUUCACAGUCCAGAGUAUAGGGCAAGAGAGUAGUGAACAUAUUUCUUUGUAUAUCACAUCACCUUGGAAGAAGUGAAAAUGUAUAGAAACACUCCACCCCAUUCCAGCACCACCUCUGAAAGCACUUACAUUUAAAAACAAAACACCAAGCUUCAAACAAUGCCUCAUCUACCCCAGGAGCAGACUUAAAAUUUAGAAUAAAAGUCAAGAAAUUAGCUACGGAAAUGAGCAAACAACUUUGAAAAAGCACUUCACCAUAAAAAGUUACUGUGGUGACAAGAAGAUCAAAACAAACUGAAAAUGACAAAGUUUCAAUGCAAAAUGUGAAUUGAUUUCAGGAACAAAAAAAUCCUAGAAGAGCUCAAAAAAGUAUUUUAAAACUCAAAUAAGAGAAAUUAGAGGGAAAUUGAGAAAAUAAUUGAGUUGUAAAUAAAAUAAAUUUUUUAAAAUGGUCUGUAGUUUGGUAAAGUAGGCACUAAAAUACUGAAUAAAAAGAUGUUAAAAAACAAUAAACCAAGUGAUGAAAAGGGUACCAAAAUCCAUUGAAAAAAGGAACUUCUUUAAAAUCAAAAUUGGCCAAAUGAUAUGAUAUAUACAAAAAUAUAUUGAAGAGAACUUCUUAAAAAGUAGAACUAGCCAAAUGGAAGAGACUCUAAAUGAACACUGUAAUGAGAAUAUCAACAACAUAGAAAUGGGUUUGAAUCAAGGACACAUGUGAUCCCCAGUGGAAUCAUGCGUUGGCUGUGGGAGGAGGUGGAGAGGAAAAGAUAAUGAUAUUUGUUUCCAAGGAAUAAUGCUUGAAAAUGAACAAAUAAAAUAAUGUUUAAAAGUUAAAAAAAAAAAAGUAGAGCUAGUCAAAUGGAAAGUGGAGCUACAAAAGUUAAAUGAAGAAAAUAAAUCCUUAGAAAUUAGAAUUGGGCAAGUGGAAGCUAAUGCCUCCAUGAGAUGUUAAGGAAAAAAAAAUUAAAUCAAAAGAAUAAAUAAAAAAAAAGUGAAAUAUCUCAUUGGAAAAAUAACUGACCUCGAAUCGAUGCAAGAGAGAUAAUUGAAUGACUGUACAAGAUAAAAGCUAAGAUUAAGAAAAAAAAAAAGCUAAAUUCCAGGGCUCCCAUAUUAAGCAGGAAAUACAGCAAACAAUCCCCUGAAUUGAAACAAAAUACAGAUAUUGUGUAGCCACAGUCAUUAUACCACAAGUUUUAGCAGCUUUGAUAUUAAAUGAUUGGUGAAUUUGGAAUAUGAUAUUCCAGAGUGUAAAAGAACUAGGAUUACAAGAAAGUAUCAUCCACCCAGUAAAACUGAGUACAAACAUUCAUGAGGAAAAAAAUGAAUGUUCAGUGAAAUAGAGGUCUCCUCAAGCACUCUUUGUCAAAGGGACAGAGCGGAAAAGAAAAUCUGAUUUUCAAAUAUAAAUCUCAAGAGAUGCAUAAAGGAAAAGAAAUCGUAGAUUAAUCAGUAAAUUUAAGCUGCUUAUGUUCCUACAUGAAAAGAUGAUAUUUAUAAUUCCUAGGAACCUUAUCAUUAGAAGGGCAUGGGUAUGAAUUUAUAAUGAGAUGAAUGCAUAAAAAAAUUAAGGGGUGAGAAGGAUGCAUUGGAAGGAGGAAGGGAGAAGUAGAAUGGGGUACUUUAUCUCACAAAAAAAGUCAAAGAGCUUUUGAAGUGGAGAGUUAGAUGGAGUUGGGGAGAAGCACUUAAAUUUUAUUGAAAUUUGCUCAAAGGGCAAACAGUAUACACACAAUUGAGUAUAGAAAUACACUUUGCCUUCUAAGAGAAUAGGGAAGGGAUAAGAAAAGAGAAUUGGUUAAUUGGAAGAGGCAGUAGUCAGAAGCAAAACACUUGAGAAUGAAAGAAAAGCAAGUAAGAUAAACAGGGGAAAAUAGGAUGGAGGAAAAUACCAAGUUAAUCCUAAUGUCAAAAAAAUCACAGGGGGCAGCUGGGUAGCUCAGUGGAUUGAGAGCUAGCCCUAGAGACGGGAGGUCCUUGUUUCAAAUGUGGCCUCAGACACUUCCCAGCUGUGUGACCCUGGGCAAGUCACUUGACCACCAUUGCCUAGCCUUUACCACUCUUCUGCCUUGGAGCCAAUACACAGUAUUGACUCCAAGAUGGAAGGUAAGGGUUUAAAAAAAAAUCACGGCAAGUUUCUCUAAAUAUGAAGAAUAUAUAUGUAUAUUUAAGGAAAUGAAAGUUAAAAUACCUCAGGUACUUACGUUACACCUAUGUGAUUGGCUAAUAGAGAAAAGAAAAAUGACAAAUUGGGGAAAUGGGGGGAAAUUGAGAUGCUUAUGUAUUGUUGGUGGAAGUGAACUGAUUGAAACAUUCCGAAGAACAAUUUAGAAGCUUGCUCAAAAGGUUCUAAAACUGCAAUAUCAUGACCAGGUCUGUAUCCCAAAGAUAUCUUUUUUGGGGAAAAAAAGGCCUAUUUGUACAAAACUUUCUAGCAGUUCAUUUUGUGAUGGUAAAGAAUUGGAAAUUGAGGGGAUUCCCAUUAAUUGAGGAAUAAAUGAAGUUUUGGUAUAAUGAUUAUGACAGAAUACUAUUCUGCUAUAAGAAAUGAUGAGGAUAAUUUCAGAAAAGAAAAACCUGAAAAGCCUUUCAUUAUCUGAUUCAAAGUAAAGUGAGCAGAAUAUGGAGAACAUUGUACACAGUACUUGCAAUUUUAUUCAGUGAUCAAGUGUGGAUGAAUUAACUAUUCUUAGUAAUACAAUGAUCCAAGACAAUGAAGGACCCUGGAUAAAAAAUGCUACUUCCAAAGAAAACUGAUGGAGUCUGAAUGCAGAUCAAAGUCUUCCUUGAUUAGAUUUGCUUUUGUCGGGUCUUGGAAUGCAGGGGGGAAAAGAAUGGCUCAAAUUCUCUUGAACUGGAGACUCAAAUCAUGUUACUUCAAGAAGCAUUUCUCAAUCAGUUCUCAUAAAUCACCUACUAAGAGCCAGACAGUAGACUAAGUGCUAAGGAUUAAAAAAAAAAAAACAGAUGAAAUGAUUAUUCCCUGGAGGAGCUUGCAUUCUAAUGGUUUAAGUCAACAAGCAUUUAUUAAACAUCUGGGACCCCAAGAAAUAGUAGUCUCUGGAGAUACCAGGCAUUGAUUAAAAACAAACACCGGAAACAACUUGCAAAUACUAAAUUUCCUCAAAUCCCAGCAUUCCCACAUGUGCAUUUCCAUUUCUACUAUUAAGGUCUUAGGUCUCAGAAUGGCUGAUUAAGUCCUGCAGCAGAAGUGAGAGCCAAAAUAGGGGGCCUGUUGAGGAGCCUCUAGAAGUUUUACUUCUAUAAAUUUGAAACAUAGGAAUGAGAAAACAAUGGCUGAGGCACUUCCCAGAUACAGCUCAUAGCCUGCUAAAAGGUCUAGCUCAGAAAUUUCCUUACUUCAAUCUGUGGUGCUCCUGAAAGGCUUCUGGGGUCAACAUGAGUUGUAGGUGCUGAUUAAGCAACAAAUCUGGACUCAGAGCCAUAAACAAGUCCAGUCUCGAAGCUACACAGGACAAGAGAGUUUCCAACAAAGCAAUCUGGUUUUCCCACAGGUUCUAAAUAUGCUUCAAGGAGAAGAUGUCCACAAAGGCAUGCCAAACCUCAACAGCGUCAUCAUAGAGUCAGGCUGGCUCCAGAGCUCCCUCCUGAAUUUCACAGGUUGAGUUUUCCAUAUGAUAUCUCAGAAAUGAGGCAAGUCUAAGCAGGGGCUUUCUAAAGGUAUCAGAAACAGAUGCAAGCUUCAAUCUUCUGACAGUGAUAGCAUUUACAAGACUUUUCUCCAGCAAGACUUGUUUUCUGGUAAAAAGCAAGGGGAAUGUUGGUUCUACCGUUUCCCCAUCAAUUAUUGGGAAGACUACUACAAAUGAUCUCAUGUAACCUUGUGCUCUAGGCCUUUCCAUCUCCUUUCCCUUUGAGAUUUGAUUGAUUAAUUUUUUUUCUUUAUGCUAAAAGGAGAUAAACAACUUUCUCCUUCCAGACUGAAUCCUUUUGGUGACUGACAAACAAGGAAACCAAAUCAGAGACAGUGAAUGCAAUCUCAUGGGCACAUCUGCCAGUGGAGGUAACCUACCCUGGGAGUCAAGUCUUCUGAUUCUCUAUGGAAGAGGGAGGCCUGAGACAACCACUGUUUGAUACAAUUGCUCAGAGAUCUACUUGUGUCAGUCUUCCUAUUGACACUACUGGAAUCACUGAGUAUGAAUAAUAUAGACUGUAUGUGGUUCUACUGGCUCCAUCGAUUUCUUGCUAGAUGGGUACAAUGAGCAAAAAUUGGACCUCCACCCUAUUUGAAUAGCCCUCUGCCCUUCCUAAAUCAAUGAUUUUACCCCUAGACAUUGCUAAUCAGUAUUAUCCUGUUUAAAGACAUUCCAUAAGGGGACUGAUUAUUUCUUGUGUAUUAAAAGACAUUAUUAUACAAUGAGUCAUUUAAGGAUAAUCAACUAAUCCCAAUAUGUAACAGAAUUAAGAAUAAUUAGAGUAGGUUAAAUAGAUCCUAUCUUAUAGUAGAUUUUCAACUUGUCAUUACCAUGUACUUCACUGAGCACAAGAGUGUCCUAACUAGAGGACCUCCAUCGAUGUGGCCUGAUGACUAAGUGGGCAAGGAAGACCCCCAGACCUCCAGCCUGGACGGUCUGAGUACUGGAGAAUAGAAAUGUUCUAAUGGGUUGGAAGGUCCCUGCAAAAUGUAAAAUGUCCCCUUGUUAGGGGUCUGUUGGCCAACAUUUGGGGAUUCUGUUUUCUCUGUACAUACAUUUGUAAGUCUAUUACUCAACAAUAGAUGUGGAGAUCUACUAGACCUUUCCUCUGUGAACCUCAAAGUGACAGUGGGACCCCCAGGGAGAUUCUGUACUUAGUACUGUCCCUUCUGAACUCUCUGGGAUUUAAAGAUUAUAAACCUUGACUCUGAACAUGAAGUGAUUUCAGAUAGUGGCCAGGUCCAUUUAAUAAAUAGUAAUUGACUCAGAGCUCUGCCUCAGUGACUUUAUAGGUUAGAUAAUUUCUGGUAUUACAUUAUGGUUACCCCAGAUAGGAUGAUGAGUUGUGGACCUUCUCUAAAUGCUCCAUCGCACUCAAGGUACUCCUCCUCCUUUAAAAAAUAGGAAGCUAGUACCCUGAUAAAUUUUCACCAUUGGCUCACCCACCAACAAAUACUUGGGUUGGUGGGACUCUCUACUAUUCCUACCCAAAUUCUCCAAGCUUAAGAUGUCUCCCCAAGGCUACGGAUUGGUGAAUUUACCUGAAAUCACUCCCCUACAACACCCCACAAAUUUAAAGGGGUAAAAGGAGGUCCAAAUUGUACUGAAAGUGACUAUUUGGGUUUAUGACUAAAUUAUUUGAAUUAACCAGCACUUAUGUAAAUUGCUUGAAUUAUUAGGCCAUAUUUUCUGCUUUUAAAGGCUAGGUUGAUUUUUUUUUCCUCCUUUUUUCUUAUCAGAGCUUAGGAGGUAUAACGGAAUCAUUGCUACUGCCACUUUUUCAGCCUCCAACCAGGAAAAUCAACAAACAAAAAAAUAUUUCAAGUUUCAAACAGAUUUUUUACUUGGUAGUGGUCAGGAAUGGAAGUUUUUUUUUUUAAGAAUAUAUACAUUUUAUUGAUUAUAAUAUGAAUAAAGUCAUUUUCAGUGAUAUUAGGGUUUCUGCUUCAGAUACUGAAGACCUAUGUGGCUCAUCUGAGCCCCCCCAGUGGCCCAUUUCAGGAAUUUGAAAUUGGAGAACUUUCUAAAAUAGUUCCCUGAACCCUGAGAGUAUUCAUUAUAAACCAUACUGAUGCACUCAGUACCUCCAGAUUAGUGCACCAUCCUUCUAGUUAGAGAGGGGUAAUAAGAUAGGGGUACAAACUUCAAAAGUGGAACCUCUAAGACAUUUAGUACUCAGAAUCAUAGCCUUUGGGAAUCCAGUUGUCUCAGAAAAACUUCUGAAGUUGCCCUCUCCUAGGUAGGGAUGUCCACAGGAUGGAGGGUGUUAGGAUCACAUGUUAAAAGGAUUCAGAGAAAUUGUUUUGGCUACAAUUUGAAAUUUGUUACUAUUCUACCCUUGGAAAAUGAUUGGCUUUUAUUGGCUUCCAACCUUCUUGCCCUGUUAUCCCCAGGCCUAUAAGAUGAGCAAGGCAGAAGAAUGAGAACAGCCUACAGCUCCCUAAAACACCUGCAUAAGUAAAAUUUGGCCUUACCUGAGCCAUUCUAUUCUUUGGGUUAAUCCAAGUUAGCAGGUGCUUCCAAGCAUUUGUUUUCAGUCUGUGCUUUUUCGCUUUGGUCUGAUCACCUGGAGAGAAAUGAUUAAAUAAAGCAAACCUUUUUAAAACAUUUUUAUUUGGUCAAUUUCAAACAUUAUUCAUUGAAUACAAAAAUCGUUUUCUUUUACUCCCCUCCCACCACCCCUCCUAUAGCCAAAGGGUGAUUCCACUGGGUAUCACAUGUGUCCUUGCUCUGAACCCAUUUCCAUGUUGUUGGUAUUUGCACUAGAGUGUUUAUUUAGAGUCUACAUCCCCAAUCAUAUCCCCUCAGUCCCUGUAGUCAGGCAGUUGCCUUUCCUCAGUGUUUUUACUCCCACAGUUUGUCCUCUCCUUGUGGAUUUUUUUUUUCUAAUGGAUCCCUGCAGAUUGUUCAAGGAAAUUGCAUUGACACUAAUGGAGAAAUCCAUUACAUUCAAUUGUACCACAGUGUAUCAGUCUCUGUGUACAAUGUUCUCCUGCUUCUGCUCCUCUCACUCUGCAUCACUUCCUGGAGUGUUCCAGUCCCCAUGGAAUUCCUCCACUUUAUUAUUCCUUUGAGCACAAUAGGAUUCCAUCACCAACAUAUACCACAAUUUGUUCAGCCAUUCUGGGACCGCAAAAAUAUGGUUUCAAAACUGUGAGUUGCCAAAACUUUAAAAAUAAUUUUUAGUGUCUUGAUUUCAUAUUAAAAAUAAGUGGUCGCCAUGGGAAACAUUCCCAAAUAUGAAACACCCAAGUCAGCUGGGUUUUAUGGAGAUUUUAAUUAAUACGAAUGAAGGAAUUAAGGGAAAGUAAAGAGACAGAGUAAGAGAAAAUAGCAGGAAAAGGCUAGGGCCUAGGCCAAUGGCCUAGGCCUUUCUUUUUAAGAGAUAAACUAAGUCUUUAAUCACUCACCACAAGAUUUUUUUCCCAAGCAAAAUUCCAAUUCUUCACUGAAAUCCUCAACUCCUGAACUGAGUUCAGAGACCCAGCUCUGACUCCUGACCUCCAAUUCAGCUUUCAAAACUGAACUUGCCUUCAGAGUCCUCAAGCUCCUUCCUUUUAAAGAAAAUUUUCUCUUGUGUCACCUCCCCUAAAUUUUGACGUCUACCAAUCACAGAUGAAGCUUUUCCUAGGACUGCCAAUUCUUAUUUUUCACCACUCUUUAGUUCUCUCCUCUGGGUAGAUUAUAUCUUCUGAGUACUUCACAUCUCUUUGCUAAGCUUGCCCCUUGUAAGUUGCUUGACCUUUUAGUGAUUAAUUUGACAUUCAUAGGUACUUAGCACCCUUUUUGUAUUAGAUCUAAAAAUAGACCUAGCUUAAGGUUCUGCCUUCACUAUAAGUAUGAGUUAAAUACUUUUUCAUUGUUUAGUAAGGCGUCUUACAAUGUUAUCUUCCCCUAAAAUAUGCCUAAAAAUGGGUGGAGCAAUGUAAAAUUCCCAAUACAUUCCUGAUCAAGAACCUCCAGAGUCUGAGAAAUUUUAAGAUUCACAAUUCCCCAAUUGAAGAACAUCCCCUGAUUUUCCAGUUUUUUGCCACCACAAUGAGCACAGCUAUGAAUAUUUUUGUACAUGUCUUUUUUUCUUAUUAUCUCUUUAGGGUACAAACCCAGCAAUGCUAUGACUGGAUCAAAGGGCAAACAGUCUUUUAUUGCCCUUUGAGCAUAUUUCCAAAUUGCCUCCCAGAAUGGUUGGAUCCAUUCACAACUCCACCAGCAGUGCAUUAAUGGUCCCUCCAGCAUUCAUUACUUUCAUUUGCUGUCAUGUUAGCCAACCUGCUAGGUGUGAGGUGAUACCUCAGAGUUGUUUUGAUUUGUAUCUCUCUGAUUAUCAGAGACUUGGAACACUUUUUCAUGUACUUAUUAAUGGUUUGAUUUCUUUCACUGAAAAUUGCCUGUUCAUGGCCCAUGAAUCAAUUGGAGAAUGGCUUGAUUUUUUGUACAAUUGAUUUAAUUCUUUGUAAAUUUGGGUAAUUAAACGUUUGUCAGAGGGU